CAGAGUUUGGCAACACGUGUGUGCGUGUGUUUAAAUGUUUAUCAUCGUGAUUUAACGAUAUUUCCGUUGUUCACUUUGACACUGGAGUCAAUUAAUCACAAAAUAUGGCUGAAAGAGUGCAAAAACGGUGUGAAAACUCGGUGCAGCACCUGGAGCUGAUGGAAAAGAUUAAAUUGUUCGAUGCGCGUGAAAUCAGAGGAAUCAUCAAAAAACGAAAAGACUACGAAUACAAACUUUCGAGAACAAUCAAAAGUAAAGAGGAUUACUUACGGUAUAUUCAGUAUGAAAUGGAUCUCCUGAAGCUCCUGAGGCAGCGAAGAACGAAAUUUGGAAUCACUCAGAAAAAACGUGACAUUGAUUAUGGAAUCGUCAACAGAGUGAUGAAUUUGUAUAGAGAGGCACUAGAGAGAUUCAAAGACGAUUUGAGAUUUUAUGUUGCUUACAUGAAGUUUUGUAAACAAGUCGGCUACAAUGAUGUUGUCAGUCGAACACUUACCGAGAUGCUUCAAAUUCACGGAGAUAAACCAAAGUGCCAUCACAUUGCUGGCAAAUGGGAGCUCGAGGAAAGGAAGAACAUCAAUAAUGCACGAACUUAUUUUAUAAAUGGUAUUAAUCAUCAUCAGGAUUCCCAAUUGCUCUACACCGAUGCAUUUCAAUUGGAAUUAGAUCAAGCAGACGAAGCAUCUCAAAAGUCAGACGACACCCCUGACGCCUCCUCCGAAAUCGCAGAGGAAAUGCCCCUAGGUAUAAAAAGAGCGUUGAUAAUCUACAAAAUGGCAUUUAAAAAAGUGAAAGACGUCACGUUCAUAAUCAACCUCCUAAACCUCUGUAAACUCCACAAAAACACUAAAAACCUGCAGAACGAGAUAAUUUCAGACCUCACCAAAGAAUACUCGAACAAGCCUCAGAUGUGGGAGACGAUGGCAAGACGAGAACUAGAAGGCCUUUCCUAUGAUCCAAAUCAAGAAGAAUCCAUGGAGGUGGAAACUACAAAGGACCAGAACUCUUUACGGGAUCGAAUCACGAACUGCAACGAGGUGUACCAAGCUGCAGUUAAAAAACUCAAAUCAGAGACAAUGUGGUCACUUUACAUCGACUGUCUCCUCGAGAUUAACCAAGAUCUAUCACAUCUUCCUAAUUACAAAAGAAAGUUGCUGAAGAAUGCGUUGAUCCAAGCUGAUCAAGCCAAAAAAUUAGAGGAAAAAUAUUAUCUUUAUUGGCUUGAGAUGUUGACAACCGACAAAAAAGACGAAACUUCUGAAGAAAAAUUGUAUCAGGUUAUGUGUUAUGGAACAGACGCAAUUCCAACGAGUGUAAAUCUAUGGACAACAAAGAUAAAACACUUGAUAAACUCUGGAAAAGAUUCUCUGGUCACUGAAGAAUUCGCUAAAGCUUCUAAAUUACUAGGAGGAAAGGCUCUACCUCUUUGGCGGAUGAAAUUACUCUAUUUCCAAGCUAAAUAUCCUCAAAAGGUCCAUGAGAUUUUUGUGGAAGCUAUGAAGAGUGAUGUAGAAAUUUCUAAAGAGAUGAAACCCGCCUACAUCGAGUGGUUAGUGUUGACCAAAGGAAUUGAAGCUGCGAGACAACAAUACAAUGAACUCGCGAUUCAACCUCCUACGUGUUUGGAACUGCAUAAGAAGAUGUUGGAGCUGGAAAUGAUUCAGCCGAAGAUCUGUAAGCAGAGUGCGAGAAAACCUCAUGAACUUGCGACACUGCAUUAUGGGAAAUCAAACACUCAAGUGUGGAUUGAUUUCAUUCUAUUCGAGAUGAAGCAUGGAGAGCCGAUGAGGGUGACGGAUAUUCACAGGAGGGCUGUUAAGACAUUGCAGCCAGCAUUGACUGAUGCGUUCAUCACGGAGUACAGUCUCAUUAAGGCUAAUCCAGAUACAAUUAUGUAAUAGAAUACAAUAAGUUAAAUUGAUAA